CCCCAUUUUUCUUCAUUCCAAAUGCCCAGAGAGCAACCGGGUCAACCCUAACAGGCUAAACCCCCAUUUUCAGUUCCAACCCCCAUCCUCCUGCGCCGCCGCCGCCGCCGCCGCCAUGCUCCGCGCCGUCCUCAACUCCGGCGGCGGUCGUCUAUGCCGCCUCUCCUCCCUCCUCCCCCACCAUCGCCUCAUGUCCGGCUCCUCCAUCGCUGCCAUAUUCUUCCAACCAUCCCUGCCGGCGGAUCCCACCACCGCGAUCCAGUCAGCCGGCAUCAACCUCUCCCACCCCAAUACCAUCCCCGCCCUCCUUGUCCACCCGGACCUCGCCUCCAAUUACCCCGCCGCCUCCCGCUUCUUCUCCUGGGCCGCAUCCCACCCUGACGCCGCCGUCCUCAACUCCAAGUGCUUCAACUCCAUGCUCCAACUCGCCGCCGCCAACAGCGACGCCGCCCAUUUCUGGUCACUCGUCUCCUCGAUGCGUUCCAAGGGCUACGGCAUCUCGAAGACCACCCUCCAGGCCGCCACGGAGAGUUUCCGGUCCAAUGGCAUGUCCAAGGACGCCGACAUGAUCCAGAAGGCCUUCUCCGCGCACGCCAGGAACGCAGCGGUGGCGGAGGCGUGCAAGAUUCUCCGCUCAGAUGCCGAUGAGCUAUCUAAGUUGGACAAGCUGAAUGAGUUGGGCGUUGAGGUGACUGAUGAGAUGGUGGCACUGGUUGUGGAGAAGGUUGGACAGUUCCCGCGACAGGCAAUGGCGUUCUUUAAUUGGGUGGAGCAGUCUGCUGGGGCAGGGAUCAACUGGGGCAAGGCUUACAAUGCAAUGUCAAAGAUCAUUGGCCGGGAGGAUUGCAUCGAGGAGUUCCGGGAGGUCCUGCGGAAGAUGAGUAGCAAGGAGGUUGGGAUGGAUAAAGAGGUGUACGUUAUUCUCAUUGACAGGUUUCUCAAGAGGAAGAUGUUUGAGGAUGCAGUGGACUUGUUCCGGUUUGCAAUGGGGGGGACGGAGAAGCCAUCGGCUCAGGAUUUUGUCUUCUUAUUGAAGAAGCUUGUUGUGAGGGAUGAUAUGGAUCUGAAGCUGGUGAUGAGGCUUGUGCGGAUCUAUCAGAAGGCGGGGAAUGAGGUGAAGGCUUCUAUGUUUGAUGCUGUUAUCAAGUCACUGAGAAGCGUAGAAAGGCUUGGUGAGAGUGGUAGGGUGUUGAAGGCCAUGGAGGAAGGUGGUUUUGCACCAGACAGCACUGUGCAUGGCAAAGCUGUUCUUGCAAUGUGUGAUGCUGGGAAUCUGGAAACAGCGCGCAAACAUUUGGCUCGUGUGGAAAAAUCAGGGCAUAAGUUGGAUCCACUUGUAUGGUCUGCUUUGGUUCAGAAGUAUUCCCUUGGUGACGAUGUUGAUAUGGCAGUUUCAUGCUUCCCCGAAAUGCUGGAAAGAAGAAGUGGCAAUCAGGUUGGUAGUGCUCUUGAGGUCCUUGUGUAUGGGCUGUGCCGGAAGAAAGAAGCAAAGGAAGCGUUCAAAGUUCUGAAGGACCUGGUGCUGAAAAAGGAUGUGGUUCCUUGGCAAAGUACCUACAAGUAUUUGAUCCACAAGUUGAUCCGCCAAGGGCAUCUUAAAGAAGCAUUUGAUGUGCUAGGUUUAAUGAAAAGUAAUGGAUUUCCGCCUUAUAUUAAUCCAUUUGUCACUCACAUUUUGAAAUCUGGGACCGUGGAUGAUGCCCUGGGUCUGCUAAACGCAAUGUCUUCAAAGGAGUUCCCAUCAAGAACAGUUUACAUGCGCUUGUUUCAAGGUCUGUUCAAAGAGGGGAGGCAUGAAAUUGCCCAGCAGCUGCUCUCGGUAUCUCCUGGAAGUGUCCGAAACCAUGCAGAUGUUCUCGACCUUUUCUAUAAGAUGAAGAUUGAAGAACCUGCAGCAGCGGAGGCAGCAGCUUUGUAGAUUAUUCUUAUGUUGAAUCGAAUUGCUGACGCUUGUAUUUCAAGUGGCGUUUUGUAUUCCCUUUUGGCUUUGUUUGUAACUGGCCUUUGAGCCAGAAUCAGAAGUUUGGAUGGCAGAAAACUUCUUUGCUGAAA